AUUCAUUAUAAAUAUAUAAUACAAUUACAACUUUAACCAUGCUUCAAAUCUACAGCACCUAUGCUUCUCCAUUGGACGACUUGUUUUACCAAUUCGAAAGACAAACACUCUAUCCAAGACAUAGUCCCCUUGAUGUUUUCCCCAGACCGGUGAAUCCAAGAUUCGGUAGCUAUAGAUUCUGCUCACUUCAACAGGCAAACACGGGAAGAACUUCUGUCCAGGUGAAACAAGUUGAAAACGACAACAAUCAUCAGAUCCACAUCUAUAAUGCCAGGGGGUAUAAAGGUUUCGACGUUGAGGUGGUCAAGAGAGGAAGAGAAUAUUAUCUUGUGAUUGAAUCUGAGAUUGACAGUUUUGAGAGGGUAUUUAGGUUAAACAAGAGUCUUGUCGAUUUGAACAAUAUUGAAUUGCAAGUUAACGAUGAUGAUGAGUUGUUGAUUACUUUGCCAUAUAAUCGUGAAGUUGAAAAGGAAAGGGCCGCCAAUGCUUCAAGAAUUGCAAAGAGAAAGGUUGAAAGAAGGAAAGAACAAAUCAGGCAGAAGAAACAAGAAUUGGAGCAGUUAGAGAAGGAGCUUGUCGAGGAUGAGCAAUUAUCCAGAGAGCUGGAAGAGAAAUUAGAACAGCUUAACAGACAGGACGAAGAACAACAACAGCAAGAAGAAGAAGAACAGCAACAACAGCAACAAGAAGACGUACAAGAAGAAGAACAUGAAAAAUCUUCAGAGGCAGAAACGUCUGAAACAGAAGAUAUUGUUUCUGAUACUGAAGUAAACAACAUUGAUGAAACCACCCAAGAAGAGCCGCAGGUAGAGAAGAGUUUACUGCGUUCAUCAAGCCAUAGUCCAACCUUAGAAGAUGCCGAAGAUGAAGAAUUUAUUAGUGUUUCUAAGCCUUAGUUAGUACUCCCUAGUUUUAUGUUUUUUUUUAGUUUAAUUUCAAGUGUUUUAAUGUUUU